AUGUCAAACUUAGAGGAAAUUAAUAAAAAAGUUAGUGACCUUGAGUCUAUAAUUGAUAAACAGUCAAAAUUAAUAGCAAGUACUGGUCAAAAAUUAAUUGAAAUGCAAAUAAAUGAUGUUAAAUCAAGAAUGAAACAAAUCGAUUCUAAUAGUAAUAGUACAAACGCGGGAUCAAUUGAUACAGCAGAUUAUGUAAAUAAUGAUGAUAUAGUUCAAUUAGUAACUGAAUUACAAUCUCAAUUGGAUUUUUUAGAAGAUAGAACUAUACGUAGAACAUAUAAUACAUCAUUAACUUCAGAUAAAGAUAAAUUAGCUCCUUUAUCAAACAAAGAUGGUGAUUUUCCGGAAUUUGAUACUCCAAAAACAUUUGCUGAAUUUAAAAAUUUAUCUAAGGAAAAGAUAUUAGAAAUGGGAUUCUUUUAUGAAAUUAUAUUACCAACAAAAGAAGAAAUUGAUGAAGUACUUCAAAAUGAUGAUCAAUCAAAUGAAGGAAAUAAUAAUAGUAAAAAUGAUAUUAUAAAUAUUAGUAAAAAUAAAGAUAUACUGAAGAUUGAAUCAGAAUUUAAUGAUGAUCAAAUUAAUGAAAUAUUUGAUGAAUUAGCAAGAUUUUUUGGAUUGAAACUUAGAAGAGUUAGUGAUGGAUGGUAG